UCCUUCCACUUUCAGAAACUCUCCCAUGAUCCCUUUCCCUUCUCCAUCCCCAUUAAUAAACAAAAACAGAAGGAGGCUUGACUAUAUGAAUGCUGUGAAUCCAAGAGGUUGAAGAUCAAGAAAAACGAUGGGGGAAGUUGGAGCUGCAGCUUCUCUGGGCUUUUGCAUUAAUGGCUCGGGUUUCGGCACAGGGAAGUUGAAGCUGCAGCAGCAGCAACUUGUGAUGCUGAAGAACAGAGCUCGAUGCCCGAUGGAGCUGACUGGGACGAGGUCGAGAAAGCUGCUGGUAGUAAAGAGCGAGACGGGGAAGAAGCCUUCCAGUUAUACCUCCAAGAUCGCGACUGACAUCCCACUCUACGAAGCUCCCGGGGCUUCGUUCGAUCAGUAUUUGGAGGACAAGCCCAGAGUAUUCAAAGCAAUCUUUCCUGAUAAAAGGAGAAGCCAGCGAUUGAAUGAGGAAGAGUGGAGAAUUCAGAUGCUCCCGAUUCAGUUUCUAUUCCUCAAGGUAUGGCCACAGAUUGACAUGAGGUUGAGAUGCAGGUCGAUGGGCAAAGAUUAUCCGGCUGGAGUCCCUCAUGAUGUCUCCAAAGUCCUGGAGCUUGACAUUAUAAGGUGGGAGCUCCAAGGGCUCGAUAACGUUCUCAAGCCAUCUCAUUUCUCGCUCGGGGUUAGAGGAGCCUUGUACGCAGAAAGAAGGGAGGCAAGGAGCCGACUUAAAGGUCAGCUCGAGAUGACCAUAAGCUUUAUUCUACCCCCAGUGCUUGCUCUUGUUCCCGGAGAUGUCCUCCAAAGCGUAGCAGAAUCGGUGUUGAAGAGAUUGGUGGAGAACAUGAAGCAUAAAGUCAAUGGCAGCUUGCUUGCAGAUUACGGAGAGUUCAAAAGCAAAGCCCGAAGCGUCCGGUUUGAUCAGGAAGUUCAGACCAAAGUUAAGAGUACCUAAAAACGGAAAAUCGAGGCUGUUGAGUAGAUACCUGAAAGUAAGCAGUUCUCAACUCUUGAUUUCUUACUGAAUUUGAGUUACAGAUCAUUGUUCAUGUGAAAAGGAAAAGACCUCAAUCGGAAUGGAAAAUUGUGAAUCUGGAUUUAGAGAAUUUUUCAAUUUU